AAAAGGACAAUGUAAAUGUGAAAGUUGCGGAUGAUGGAGGAAAAGUGUAUACUUCCGGAGAGAUUUUACAAUUUUAUUUCGACGCGUGUCAGAGUAGAGAAGAAUGUCCUAUGGACCGGAUGGUGGAUAUUCUUACGAGAACAGGACCAACGAGUUCCGUAAAAGUGGUGGAUUUAUCGGGUGAAAUGAUCGACCGUAAGGUUGCUGAGCCAAUUGCUGAUGUGCUUGCGCUGGAAUGUGGACUGAGGCAAUUAAGUUUGCAACGAUGUGCUGUUGAGGACCAUACUUUGAAAAUAUUAUGUCAUAGCCUAUUAAUAAAUGAUACGUUAACACAUUUAAGUCUUGCUGACAACAAACAAAUAAAAUCUGAUGGAUUUAGUUAUAUUGCCAUUUAUAUCAAGAAGUCUACCCAAUUGACAUAUCUCGAUUUGUCUGGAACGAUCAUCGACAAGAAAUCGGCUUUAUACUUGGCGCAGGCGCUAUCUCCAGGAAAUAGUAACAAUGAGGUGGUGCUGGACACGUUAAAACUUGACGGAUGUGGACUGAAAAAUAAUGUAUUGGAAAUUCUAGGUCCUGGUAUUCGUCGUUCAAGUUUACGCUGUCUAUCUAUUCGUUUUAAUCGAAUAAAUCAAUUUGGAGCCGUAUGGGUAGGGGUAAUGCUUCGUGACUAUGAUGAUAUGAUAUGGAAUAAUGAGAGUGCGAGUUCUCUCGGUAGUUUAUCAUCAUUUGAUGCGAAUACAAAGAAUAAAGGAAAAAUGCGUCGACAUUUGGAAAUACUGGACGCUUCGGAAAAUGACUUCAGGAUUGGAGUCCAGUAUAUCGCUCAAGCAUUGCGACGGAACCGCAGCCUUAAGGAAUUGCGUUUAGUUGAUUGUAAAUUAGAUCCAAAGGGAUUGACCUUUAUUGCCGAAGGACUGAAACAUAAUGGGACGUUAGAAAUACUAGACUUGAGUCACAAUCCUAUCGGGAAUUCUCCAAUAGAUGGGGUUAAUGCACUCUGCCAUGCUUUAUCUGUAAACAAAACACUACGUGACUUGUUCCUUGCUGAUUGUAACAUGUCCUCGGAAGGUGCCAUAGCGCUCGCCGAAUUGUUACCCGAGACCACUAAACUUACACAUCUCGAUUUGACGGACAAUCCGAAUAUUGGCACUGCUGGGAUCAUGGCAUUAGCUGCAUCAAUCAAAAUGAAUCAUAGCGUUUGCUGCUUAGAUAUCAAAAUUCCGCCAAAUGAUAAGGAACUGGCCUACCUAGCACGUGACAUAAUCCGCGUAUGUGUGAGAAAUACAGAAUCAGCCUCAAAAGAAAUCCUAAAUGGUGCGGAUCCAUUAUCGGAUUCAAUAUGUUAUUCAGAGAUAAAUGACGAACUUGAAACCGACUCGGAUGGUGAAUAUGUUGACACGGACGAUUCAAGUGUGGACAUCGAUACAAACGGAAUUGAGAGAGAUAUGAAAAUAGCUGAGGAGAUUCUAAAUGUAUUUGAUGCCAUGAUGGCAAAUAAUAAAGGUAAAAUGGCCGAGGAGAGUAAUGACACAUUGGAGCAUCUGAACGCACAGACCAAGGAUUUGCAGCACAAAAUUGGGUCGUAUAUAAGUACUACUAUUGACGAUGAGAAAUUACUAGAACGUCUUCUAACACUAAACGAUCGCCUAACCGCGUCAUUGCAAAAUUACGUUAACUUGUAUAAUCAAUCUAAUCUUCCAUCGACGACUUUUGUAAACGCAUCAACGAAAUCAUUACCUUCACCCCCAUCAUCUUCACCCAUAUCCCCUAAACCUUUCAUCUUCAGUCCCAUCCAUCCUGUCCCGUCUUCGUCAUAUCUUUCCAGAAUUCCAACUACAACGGUUACGUCUCCGACUUCGCCAACAACCCCCGCCUUGCCUAUAUCUUCUCCAAGUGAAAUAACAUCAUCGCCGACGUUUUCUAUUGCUGAUUCGGACGAUGAAGAUGACUACGAUGAUGUUCGUGAUGAUGAUGUUCGUGAUGACGAUGUUCGUGAUGACGAUGUUCGUGAUGUUGUUCGUGAUGUUGUUUGCGAUGAUGCUCGCGACGAUGUUCGUGAUGGCGAUAUUCAUGAUGAUGUUCGUGAUGAUAAUGAUGAUGAUGUGUCAUCGCGUACCAAUAGCUUCUCACUAGUUGUUCGUACUUCAAAUGGUUCUCACAAUGAAGACGAGGGACAGCCGAAAAGUCCUAUAGAUGAGCUAGGCAAACUGUUAGAGAUUGAGGAAGGAGAGGUGUUGAGAAAGGCGAAAGACGUUAUGGUGCCAGAGGCUGAAGAGCGGGGGAAGUCAUCAGCAGAUCUGUUGAGUGGGGAGGAAUUAAAGUUACAAAUACUCGAAGAAUAA